AUGCUCAUGUCGUGGUUCUCCGCCGUGUGCUGUCUGGCCAUGGGCCUCGCCGCCCACCAGAGCGCUCCGCUCGUCUCCGCCGACCAAUGGGACGCCCAGACCGAUGUGAUCAUCGAGAGCAUGGACGAAGACCAGCUCGUGGGUCAGAUGGUUCAGGUGGCCUUCUCGCGCUUCUUCAACGCGUCCAAGACAUUCGACGAGGACAAGUUCCGCGCCUACGCCAAGCUCAAGAUCGGCUCGUACCUCAGCGGCCCGUGGCAGUCCGGAUCGUACAAUGGCAAGUACGCUUGGACGGCCCAGGAGUGGCGCGACGUGCUGUCGAGGGCCCAGGAGAUCGUCAAGGAGGAGAACGACGGUCACCCGUUCAUCUUCGGCAUCGACUCGCUGCACGGCGCCGGCUUCACCUCGGGUGCUGUGCUCUUCGGCCAGCCCAUCAACGGUGCGGCCACGUUCAACCCCGACCUCAUCUAUGACAUGGGCCGCAUUGCUGGCCGUGACACGCUCGCUGCCGGCACCCCCUGGAUCUUCGGCCCCAUGCUCGAGAUCUCGCAGAACCCGCUGUGGCCGCGUGUGUACGAGACGUUCGGAGAGGACCCGUACCUGGUGUCGGUCAUCGCCGAGUCGCUCAUCAAGGGCAUCCAGUCCAACAACGGCUCUGCGGCCUGCAUGAAGCACUGGAUCGGCUACUCCAAGACGCCCACGGGCCACGACAAGGACGGUGUCACGCUGUCCGAUUACGACCUGCUGAACUACUUCCUGCCGCCGUUCAAGGCCGCGGUGGACGCCGGCGUUCUGUCAGCGAUGGAGAACUACAUCUCCGUGAACGGCAUCCCCACGAUCGCCAACCCCAAGCUCAUGAAUAAGCUGCUGCGUGAGGACUUGGGCUUCGAGGGCAUGACUCGCACGUCCAUCGACAUGACGAUGGCCAGCAGCGACUACGGCUUCAUCAACGCCACCAAGGCGCUGAUCGCGAACGAUCUGUCUUUCCUCAACCGCGUCAAGGAGUCUGCUCGUCGUGUGGUCAAGCUCAAACUGCAGCUUGGCCUGUACGACAACGCCGUCCCUGGCGCGGACCUCGUGGAUCAGGUCGGCAACGACGAGGACAAGGCCGCGGCUUUGAACUCGGCGCGCGAGUCCAUCGUGCUGCUGCAGAACAACGACAGCGUGCUGCCGAUCCCCGAGACGGCCAAGGUUUUCCUCACGGGCCACUCGGCCGACAACGUCGGCUACCAGUGCGGCGGCUGGUCGCUCAGCCAGCAGGGCUACUCGGGCAACGACAUGUUCCCGAACGGUAUCAGCGUCAAGGACGGCUUCCAGGCCAUCGCCAACGAGACCGUGACCUACUUCAACGGACUCAACUACACGGGCACCUACAACGAGAGCGAUCUGGCCCAUGCCAAGGAGCUGGCCAGCCAGGCCGAGUACACCAUCGCUGUCAUCGGCGAGCACUCGUACACGGAGAAGACGUACGGCGACAUCAACGACCUGGCCCUGCCUGCCGGCCAGAUCGAGUACGUGACGGAGCUGGCCUCGACCGGCACCAAGGUUAUUGCCGUGCUUGUCGGUGGCCGCCCGCGUCUCCUUGGUGAGCUGCCCAGCAACGUCCACGCCGUGGUCAACGCCAUGCUGCCCUGCGAGCUCGGUGGCCAGGCCAUCGCUGAGAUCAUCUACGGCCGCGUGAACCCCAGCGGCCGCAUGCCGAUCACGUACCCGAAAGACGCCGGCAACAUCCUCAUGCCGUACAACCACCGCGUGAGCACCCAGUGCGCAUCGGGAGAUUACUGCGAGAUGCAGUGGGAGUUCGGCCACGGCCUGAGCUACACGGAGUUCACGUACUCGGACAUGACGCUGAGCCGCACCAACGUCACGUCCGUCACGGAGACGGUCGACGUGUCUGUGGUCGUCAAGAACUCGGGCUCCGUGGCCGGCAAGGAGACGGUCAUGCUGUUCCUCACGCAGCCGUUCCGCACCAUCUCGGUCCCGGAGGUCAAGCAGCUCAAGAAGUUCACCAAGGUCGAGCUGCAGGCCGGCGAGUCCACCACCGUCAACUUCACGCUGUCCACCGACGACUGGAGCGUGUACUACCCACAGAUCGGCAACGGCCUCAAGAAGGUGGCGGAGGACGCUGACUACGUGAUCGCCAUCAAGCCCGAGACGGACUGCGACGUGUACAACGAGACGGCGGUUGCCAACCCGCUGUGCGCUACCUUCACUCUCCAGACGGGCGAGCACCCGUACGGAUCGUUCGAGUAA